UGAUACCAUGUCGUCCGCGCUGAGCCGCGGGCUGUGCUCGCCGCUGCGAGUAGCGGCGCGUCGCUCCAUCUCCACGUCCAUCGUACACAACGAGACCAUACUCGUGAAAAACAACGAGGAGUUCGUCAACAAGGUGAUGAACAACGACAAACCAGUCAUAGUGAAUUUCCACGCGGAAUGGUGCGAGCCGUGCAAGAUACUCACCCCGAAGCUGCGAGAGCUGAUUGAGCCACUAGGCAACCUCGACUUGGCUGUGGUGGACGUUGAAGAUAACGCUGAGUUGGUGCACACGUUUGAGGUAAAAGCAGUCCCAGCAGUGAUAGCGAUCAAAAACGGUCUGAUAGUGGACAAAUUCAUCGGCCUAGUUGAAGCCGACAUGAUCACCAACCUCAUCGAGCGGAUGUCCGGCAAAAAGAAAGAUGGCGCGUAAAUAUCUGCUCAGCUAAGCAUGGAGUGUGGGAGGGAAACUUAAAACCCCGUUGUUUUAAUGCAGGCUAGAUAAUAGUGCUAAAUAGAGGUACUGUAACAGUACCUUUUUCUUGGGACAGAAAGAAGAGACACGAAAACUUACAAAAUAGUAGCCAAGGCUCGGAACCGGUUCUUUCUUCAUACAAUAAAUACCGGUAUUAUUACUUCCUUUUUCGUUCUCUGGUUUAUUAUUUUAUUUUUAAUGGGACAAUCUAAUAAUACGAAGUUGUUACCUAAAUACAUGAUACAAUCCUACGUAGAGCAUAAAAUAAUUCUUCUUGGGCUAUUUCGGGUUUUUCCAAAAACCGGUUCCGAGCCCUGAUAGUAGAUAUUUUACUUGUUAGGUGUUUUGUCAAAUCAGUACAAUAGGGUAUUUGACUGUAUCUAAAAUAAAUUAUAUCACACCAUGCAUGGAAUAAAGAACCAGAUAAUUAUUAGAAAAACAUAGAUAUCGAUUAUUUUUAAACACAAGUUAUAUGUCUUGAAUCGUCUUUAUCAAAGUUCGUUUGUAUUUAAAUCACUUCUCACACUUCAUAUUUCUUUAUUGUAAUAGUCAAGAAUUAUUUUUACUUUGCGAUGGCUUAAAUAAUGUGACCAAAAGGUACCAAGAAAAAAUAUUUUUUGUACGAAAUAUGUACAUUAUUUAUGCCAAUACCCGUUUGUAUAUAAGUUACGUGUUGUCAUAUUUUUGUAUUUGUGUAGGUAGCAAUUGAUUUGUUAUAGCAAUAAUUUUAUAAUUGUUUAAAUAUAAGUUAUCUCGCAAUUUUCGUGAUAUAAGUAGAUAGAUUUCUUGUUAUAUCGUUUGUGUUCAUGUGCCUAAUAAGAUAUAGUCAAUACAAUACAAAUCUGGCCAUUAUUUUUUUCUUUAUAAAUGACAGUUUAAUUGCCCCAAUUUAGUACAAAAGCAGGAUAAUUGGAUUGUAUUUUUUAUACCACGUCGGUGGCAAACAAUAUUCGGCCCGUCUGAUGGUAAGCAGUCAAUGUAGCCUAUGAACGCCUGCAACGCCAGAGGUGGCCAAUCUUACUGUCAUUUUCGUAUCUGAAAUAUAAAAAUACAGCUUAGGCAAUCCAGUAAACUUGAUUUAAAAUAGAUUAUAACUUUUCAAUCAUCCUUUUUUAUAAUUUUUGUAUACCUUAUAAUAUAACAUCUUUUUGAUUAUACUAAAUAUUCUAAUAUUAAAUAACUCAGUACAAUAAUUUAUAUAUUGAAUUAUAUAAAAAAAAAAUUAUUAGGCUGUCAUAAAAAAAAACUAUCUAAUCAAAGCCUAGUCUAUGUAAGACUGUUUUAUUAUAUUCAUAAACUAUACAUCUAAGUAUAAUUUUACUAUAUUUUUCAAACAUUUCUGGUUCAGUCUAUGGAUACUACUAUUAUGUUGUUUAUGUAGGAGCAUAACAGGAAUAUCAAUAUUCCUGUGAAAAGCCUAGAAUUUAAUGUAGACCAAGAUAUAUACUAAAACGAUACCUACCUAGCUGUUUAACCUAAAAACAGCCGCAGCUGCAGGGCUUAACCAUUUUCCAGGCCGCACUAAUCUACAAGGUUUCCCAAAAAAUCAUAUAUAUUCUAAUUAAUCCAGCUUUUAUGAUUCAUUUGAAGACAAGUCACAUUUCCCGAAAAUCCAAUCCAAUUUUAUCCUUAAAUCAGAUUGCUAGGGUUGAAAUUCUGUUGGCGCAUAUGUGGUUGAUAAAUCGUACGAGUACUAUAGUUCGGUUUUUUUAGCAUUAGAAAGAACUCCGCAGAAGCAAGCGUGCAGUUUUUAUCAGACUCGUUAAUUGUUAAUAAUUAUUGAAUUAUCAUCAUGUAAUGUAGCAUGGUCAAUACAUAUAAUUUACUUCAAAUUGUUACCGCUAAAAGUGCCAGAUUUAGAACCACAAGCGAACUUCUGCAACGUUCUUUCUAAUGCUAAAAAAACGGACUAUAAUGCCUGGAAAAUGGUUAACUUAUAAACAACCGCAGGGGUUACAUUUGAAAUAGUUUCACUGUUUAAUGUUGGCCUAUGACGUCUUUUAGAAAUAUAAAUUUAAUAGGCGUAAAAUUUAAGAAUCUGUAUACUGUACCGCACUGGACAUAUCUCAGCUUCGCUGGCCUUUCAAUCUAGCUAGACUUUCCCUGAAUACUGUAGAUGUAGUAGUUACCGCACAUAGAAAUGACACUAAUAGCCCUUGCACUUGCACACGGAGCUCGUAACGUGUGCAAACAGCUCGCUUUACCUGCACGGUGUGCGCUGUGUGCAAGCACAUAGGGUCAUGUAUGUAAUGCAAUAAUUGAACAGUUGCUUGCCACAAAGUUCAAAAUGAGGGUUUCCGCGAUCGUGAUUUUCACUAGAUGGCAGCACCGAGGUCUUUUUGACAGCUGAUGUCAAAAUCCAACAUAAAAAAAACAUGGUUGAACAUGAUUGGUGGAUCAUGACAGCCAGACCUCUCGCCACGGUGCUGUCAUCUAGUGAAAAACUCGAUCGCGGAAACGAUUAUUGAAUAACAAUGAUCACAAAACUUUAGUCUAUCGCGGCAUGUAAUGGAUUGUUAGAAAUAGAUCUAUCUCCCUUUAGUGUGCUAUCUCUAAAUACAGGGAUUUUAACUUUCUCGAUGGUAAUAGUACAAUAUAUUUAAAGUAGUGAAAAAUAUGAUACCUUGACGUUUAUCAACGUCACUUUGUCAUCAUUCGAGACGUCUUUUGACGUCAUUGGGUACUAUAGUCGGUGUAAGUUAAGAAGUAAAUUUUGACAGUUAUGAAUUGACUUUCAUUUGAAUUGAUUUCAAAAUCUUAAGUCAAACUUUACUUGUUAGCUUCCUCAGACUAUAAAUUAGUGCUUAUAAUAUAACGCUAUGCUGAAGACUAUUUUUUAACACUGCUUUUUGUAUACCUUUGUAUAAUAUACUAAAGUUUUAUAAUUUGGGUAACUUUGUACCCACUUACUGUACUUUGUGUCGGAGGUCAAGACUCAUUUUGGGUAAGUAAGUACUCAAGUAAGUGGGUUGUACCCAUAAAAACUCUAAUAAAACAAAAAGUUGUGAAUAUUUUACAGUGUUUGAGGUGCUAUGUAUCCAUCCCACAUUAUAAAUUUUACAUUAUUUUGCAUAGGUGGAGCGAAUUUAUUAAUUUAGUAGGUACCAGUGGCCGCGUGUCCAUAAAAGCCGAUACCCGCUGGCUUGCCUGUUUUUGGACGUGAACAGAGUUAUAAAGGAAAUAUGUAAGCCAAAUUAGCCCCGGCUUGCCUAUGUUUGACGCGCCGCCACUGGUAGGUACGUACAGUUCUUACAAGAAUAAAAAACUCUAAAAUAUCUGUUAUUUUAUCUGUCAAGAGAAAUAGAGUUAGACAAAAAGACUGCAACGAUUUUCAUAGCACACACAGUGCAAGUGAUAUUUUAAAUGUCAAACUUCUAUGAAAUUAUGACGUAUAAAUAACACUUUGGUAUCAUCUUGGGUCGUCCCAUUCGUUUUUCGUCAAGUUCUUAAAUUAGUCCUAUUCUGCUUAGCCAGAAUAGCACUAAUUUAAGAACUUGACGAAGAACGAAUGGGACGACCCAAGACGAUACCAACACUUUCACUGCGUAUGCUAUGAAAAUCGUUGCAGAGUUUUCUUGCUCUAACUCUAGUCUGUGUCAAGAUCAAGCCAUACAUAGUUUGUGUGUGUUUGCAAGUUUUGGAGUUUUUCAUACUUGUAAAUGUAGCUGACUGUACAACACAUAUAAUAAAAUCAGUGCAUUUUGUUCCUAUUCAUUGAAUAGAUAUGAACCCUAGUGUAAUUGUAGUAAAUUCACAUUCAUGUAGUAAGACAUAGAAUUAUAAUAAUGUUAGGCAGAGAGUAGAAAUGGUUGGACUAUUUUCUAAAGUCACGUACACGUCAAAAUCAUUAGUGCAAGUGUUAAGUGAUAAAUCUUACUUGAAAGCAUGAAGUUUAUUUUAUCGCUUAUGAGCGUUCUUGGCUCUAUGAACAGAAUCUCAACACCGUUAAGGGUUUUGACGUCCAGACGGUUGUUUGUACGCAGUGUUGCCAACUCGGAUAAAAAAAAAUGCUAGACUAAUCUCUAGAUUAUGCUAAUUUUUUUUUAUAUAUGCUAAAAAAUGAUGAUGAUGAUCAGAUAGGAUAAUUUUCGCCCAACCUGAUCCUCGAAAAAAUCAGAGGUCAAUUUAACUGAAUUUAGUUGCCAUUAAAAAAAAUAUAUGUAUGUCCGUCGACGUCCAUCCACCCACAAAAGUCAAAAUUCAUAUGAAAAUAUGAACCACACAAGGCAAUGGCGCAUAUUAUUGUUGCCAAGUUGGUGAAAACUUGGCUUAGACUAAAUUAUGCUAAAAAAUAUGCCAGAUGCUAAAUGGGAAAUUUUGGUGCCAAAGCGAGUGAAAAUAUGCCAGAUCUGGCAUCAUUAAUGCCAAGUUGGCAACACUGUUUAUACGAGUACCUAUACCUACACAUUACCUACUUUCUUUCUUUAGUUCCGCCAGCCGUUUUUAACUCUGCUAAACGUAAUAGUAGAAAUUUAGAAAAUGGAUUGUAAACUAAAGACCAUACUGGCUAGGCCGGUGGUAAGUUAGAUAGGAAUAGUUCGAAGCGGACUGGAUAGUUGAUAUGAAGUUCAGUUGACUCCCUUUCAUUUUUGAACAAUUUUGGCACUAUACUAUAUUGCUUGCCAAAGUUUUUAUUUUUUAUAAGUGGUAUCAACCCAUAAUUUCUACCAUCAAUGUACCAUAGCCUCCCAACGCCCAGCCAUACAAAUGAAAAAUCCAGCCACUGAAAUUUGAACCUUUAGUGCAGGGAAUAGAGUUGAUUUUGGUUUUGUUUGAAAAUUGAACAAAACAAAACAAAUGCGACUCUGUUCCGGAUAAGCAUAGACUAGGAAUCCUCUAGACCAAAUUUAGAGCAAUUAUUUCAUACAACCGAUGAUGCCAAAAAUGCGGGGGUGUGCGGGACGAGGCGAGCGAAGUCCCGUGCCGUGAUUGGUCCGUUCAAAGACACGGACGUCACACAAAGACACUUUCGACUCGAACAUGGAGUAAAAUUACCGUAUGCGUGGCAGAGGGUAGCGCGACUAUGCUCAGUCUGGAGGAUGUUUUGUCUGUGCGGAUAAGUAACAACUAGUUAGUUACACACAAGCAUUUGGCAACAUUUAAAUGUUACUUUAUGUCACUUAUUCAGUCCAAGAACGCUUGUGGUUAGAUCUUAUGCGCUGAGCUUGGAAUGUCAUACAUUAGUAGGUAGUGAAACAUUUAGACCACUAUCGGGUCCAUUUUAUUGGACAGUAGUCCUUCGUUAUCGUACCCUAUUCGUCCGACGUACAUAUAUUUAUUUAUGUAUGUACAGUCAACAGCCGAUUUUAUCAUGAGAAAGGCUUAUAAAAUCUAUAGAUUUCAUAGAGGUAGGGGCGCUAAGACAAAACUGACUUCAUGACCAGCCGAUUUCGCACACAUACACAGACACACACACGGGUUUGAGCUAAUAUCAUAGCUUAGGUAGUCUUCUAGUUGUGUGCGUAUCGAGCGGAAAUCUGCGUGUUAAUAAAUUAGUUUUGCCGAACGACUCUUAACUUUCGGUGAACACUUGCACAAAAUUACUGUCAAUUUGAUUGACUUAAAUUGAGCCCAUUUGAAUUUUGCAUUAUGAUUUAAGUAUGAUGACAAUAACUUAAGUAACUCUGACACCCAUUUUCGUCCAAGGAAUGGAUCAAAAAUUAUAAAUUAAAUAUGUCGUAAUUUUCUUAACAUAAAUGGUUAUAUCUGCUGUUGACUGAAAAGCCAUAAAUAUGUAGAGAUAUUGACAUGUCCAAAUUCGUGAACAUAUAAUAUACUUGUAGGUAUUAUACGAGUCUCAUGCUGGAUAUAUUCAUAUAUCCACACAGUAGUUAACAUCAUUAUAUUUAGAGAUUUUGGAUUCAUCUGCGAUUUUUUCUUGUCUGUAAAUUUGUUUAUUUAUAGUUAACAAGUUUAUGAAGUGUUUUUAGAAUAAAUAAGAAUAUUUUCUUCAA